UAAAACCUAAUGUAAUUUGGUGUUUAUGUUCAGACUACUACUAUUAAUGAUCUUCAUUAAUUAAUUAAUAAUUGCACGUGGGUGUGUGUAAUUAUGUUGUGUUUGUAGGUGGAGAAAUACAGUUUUGUGGAGAUUGUGUAUGCAGUUGCACGUGUAUACUCAGGUAUUCAAUCGAAUAUGAUGUUUACGGCUACGCCUGUGUCCGAGGCGGCGGCGGAUGGUGUCGAUACGAAACCCGUAACUUUUCGAGCUCACGUUUCCCUCGUAAAUAGAUGGGUAGAGUAUGUUGUACUUGUCACUCCUGCUGACCUCCUUGCCUUCGAUAGACGCAAAUUCGGUUGGAUAUGCGAAGAAGUUUCGAUGAAGAAGCCGGACAAGAUUUUGAUCAAGGAAUUGCGACAGGGCUUCGUCUUGUAUGGUGGAGAUUCCACCAGCUGCGAUUGUAAUACGAUGAAUAUCCUCAAAGAAUGUACCGAUUUAGCUAUUGAAGUCUACAACAAAACAAAUCCCGUGAGAUACAAGUGGCUGGACGUGGUGCUUGCAACGGGAGAUUCGUCCGCAGGCCGUAUGGUGUAUUUGGAAUUUACGGCGGUGCUUUUGGAUAAGGAUUGUAGAGAGUAUUAUGAAGAGGGUUGUCAACAAGUAUAUCGUCAACAACUUCUUACAGGUGUUGAUAAGCCGAGAACUAUGCGAACUCGUGUUUCCAUCACACCUUACUAUGUAGAGUUUGUUGAACGUGUCCCUCUUGCUGAACUGCCAUAGGUAAUCAACAAUUUUUCGAUUUUUUCGCUUUUUGUUCUUAAGCUGCUAUAUGUUUCAUAAUUUUACAGUUCAUAGGCUUAAAAUUUUGCUUAUGUUUGUAAAUGAGAAUCUAUCUGCAUUAGUAUUUCUUGAACUUGAU